GCUGAAAAAUGGCGGAAAAGGAAGUCUCUUAAAUCUCCAGUCUUUCUUCCCACUCUGAACCCUAACCCUAGCAACGAUGGAUGCGAUCCGGAAGCAGCUGGACUCUCUCAUGGGCGCCAAUCGCAACGGCGACGUCACCGAGGUCGAUCGCAAAUACUACGACCGCGAUGUCUGCAAGCUCUACUUGUCCGGUCUCUGCCCUCACGAUCUCUUCCAGCUCACGAAAAUGGAUCUUGGCCCUUGUUCGAAGGUGCACUCAUUGCAGCUGCGGAAAGAAUAUGAAGAAGCCAAGGCAAAGGGUGGUCAUAAUUUUGACAGGGAACUUGAGGACUUAAUAGAAAGACUUAUUGUUGAGUGUGAGCGGAAAAUUCAAAGAGCUCUUAAGCGUUUGCAAGACGACGAUGCUAAGGCUGCCAUAGCAAUAUCUGUGUCAGAGGUUACCCAGUCACCUGAGAUCAUGGAUCUUUCAGUACAAAUAAAGGAGAAGCUAAAGGAAAUUGAUGACUUUGAUUUGGAAGGGAAAACUGACAGUAAAAUACGGGCCAUCGAAGUACUUGAAGAGUUGAGAGCAAAACGAGCUGAUAAACAGUCUAUGCUUCUUCUUGAUGCAUUCAACAAGGACCGGGCGGCUUUACCACAGCCACUCCAGAAUCCUACACAGGUCGCACCAAUACCUACACUUCCCCCAGACCCUCGGACACAGGAAAUGAUUAAUGAAAAGCUGAGGAAAGCAGAAGAUCUUGGUGAGAAAGGAAUGAUAGACGAGGCGCAGAAGGCCUUGGAAGAGGCGGAAGCUUUGAGAAAGCUAGGUCCAAGACAGGAGCCAGUCCCGGACUCUUCGAACUCAAAGUAUACUGCUGUUGAUGUCAGAAUUACUGAUCAGAAGUUACGUGUAUGUGACAUUUGCGGAGCUUUCCUGAGCGUCUAUGACAGUGAUCGUCGUUUGGCUGACCAUUUUGGAGGAAAACUACACUUAGGCUAUAUGCAGAUCCGUGAGAAGCUAGCAGAAAUGCAGGAAGAGAGAAACAAUCGUCGAAAGAUAGACCGUCCCGAAGAUGAAAGAAAGUCAAAAGAACGAAGUGUUGACCGUGAUGGGGCAUCAAGUCGGGAGCGUGAUCGAGGUAGAGAGGAUAGAAAUGGUAGUCGAGAUCGGGAUGACCGUCGGAACCGGGACUAUGACCGACAUCGUGAUAGAGAUCGUCGUGAACGAGAUAGAGAAUCAGAUCGUUCUCGCAGUUAUCACUCAAGGAGCCGACAAAGGUCACGAUCUCGUUCACGGGAUCGUACUAGAGAUUAUGAUAGAUGCAGGCGACGUUGAACAUCGAUAUUGAGCUCUUUGGACUCAAGGCAUGCGUGAAGUGCAGAUCUGUAUGUGCUGGGUGGUCUUUACUACUGCUGGAGGAAAUUUGUGUCAGAGAAAUACUAUAAGCCUAGAAGUGCCUUUAUUUUGAACUAGUUGCAAAUGUCACGUUAUUGAGUACAAGUUAUCCCUGGAUUUACUCAGGUAAACCCUUUGAACUAACACCGCAGGAUAGUUCUAGGACUAGGACUUGGUUGUAACAGUGAAUAGAUUUAAAUGCGUUGAAGAAAAAUUAGAGAGUCCAUCGUGCUUCCAUUA